GGAAGAUCGGGGCCCCGCCAUCGCGUCGUCCACAGACGAAACAUCCGAGGCUAUUCUGCGACCUUUCACGCAAGCCCGCUGAACAGGAUGGAGGGUGACUUCGCAACGAGUGCAGCCAGCCCCGAAGUGGCGACCCUCCCCUUGGCGCCUCCGUUUGACCUCGACGAUACCCCCGUUCCCCUCGACGAGCCCAUACCCAUCCUCCUCAUCGAAGAUGAACAGGAACAAGCCGAGCAAGAGGGAGCCCAUUCUGCAAAGGCCGACGCCAAGACGAACGAGGCCCUGGCUCGUGCGGCCUCUGAUGCGCUGCUCCACCGGCCCCUCACAGCUGCCGCCGCGGCGCAUGCUUCUGCUCUGGCCAACGUGCCAUCCCGAAAGGGCACCUCUCAUUCAGAGGAGCAGAGGAGCGACCGCCUGUCCAAGAUCUCGUCUUCGGACUCCCGCGUGCCGUCCAAGGGAGGUCAGCGCAGGAACCGCAAGAGCCUCAUCCUGCGUGUGACGCCGACCAACAUUGCUGGUGCGAUGAGUGCGUUCUUCGACGGGGGGUGCGUCAACUCGCCCACACUCGAGUAUGCCAGGUCGACGAAGGCUGUGGGGCGGGAUUUCCAGAAGCACCGCGUCAAGAGUGUCGACCCUUUCCUGUACGACAUCGCCGUGAGGAUUCUGGACCAAGUCAAAGUGGGUGUGGUUGAAAUUUGGGGAGGCGAAGAGGAUAAAUAGAGAAGACUGUCUGUGUAUGACGUGUGUCUUGUGUGUCUUUGCCAGGGCACCUAUGGCAACACGAGGGCGUAUUUGUCCGCAUUGUAUGGCGAGGAGCAGGCCAAGCCUGAACAGAUGCGGGAGCAGGUCAUCCAGUACAUCGCCGCCCUAGGUAACCGCAUAGAGACAAAGACACACACACACCAGGUGACCUCCAUCUCUCCCUGUUGUGUGCGUUAAUCCAGCGUUGAAGACGAGGGUCAAGGUGGUGUUGGCCAAGAGUCUGCUGUCCGUCGCCAAUAUCUUCAAGGCGUCGCCAGAGGACCCUUUCAUCCUCUACCUGCAGAACGCCCCCCUGGCCAAAGGGAUGGUGCUGCCCGUGUGCGACCACGAGAUCGGCACGCACCUGCUGCGAAUGAUGAACGAGGAGAGGCAGUGCUGGCACCGAAAUCGACACAAGUGAGUGUGAGUGGUAACACAGACAGAUAUCGAGGAUUGAGGGCGGGAGUAGAGAUGGCUGUGUGGUGGACUGAUGUGCAGGUAUGACCUGAGGAACCAUUUGACGACCGAGGAGGGCCUGGCGGCUCUCAACUCGCUACUGUCUCUGCCCAUUCUGCUGCUCUGGUCGCCAGCACUGAGAUACUACGCCACAGCCAAGGUCACAGGGAGAGACACAAUGAAGCCAUGCAUGGGAAGCUUCCGUAUCCCUGUCUAUGCUGUCCAAAGGCUACUGAGUUGGGUUUCGCUGAGUUGUUUCAUGACCUUGAAAAGUACCUGGAGGAUCCGCAGAAACGAUUCCGAUUGUGCAUCAGGUGCCUGCCUUUCAGAGGACCUGAUGGCAGGACAAGAAUACUUGCAUCCUUUUUGUCUCACUCGUCAGAGUGAAGAGGGGCCUGAUCGACACCGCACAGGCAGGAUCAUUCGACCUCGACCAGGUACAAACGCGGUGUGCUCGGAGAUUGUGUCUCAGCUCACUGGCCGCGUAUGUGUUCGUGUGUUUGUGUGUUUGUGUGUUUGUGUAGACGUACUUGAAUGGUGCUGUGCAGUUGCUGAUGCACCGCCAUGAGAUCGACUUCCCCCUCCUCUACUCGGGGCAGCUGGACCUCAACGACCUGCCCAGGGUAGGGCAAUGGAGGCAAAGAUGCGGGCGUGUAGUGCCCAAGAGGAUGGCCUUUGUGUGUUGUGCUGCGUGUGUUAGGCCAAGCGGAUGGCUCGUCGUGACUGUCUCAAGCUGCCAUCCUUCCUGAAAUCGCCCAAACAGGUGUGGUGCUGCUACCUUACCUUUCACACCAACAUACAGAAAGACGUCUAUGUCCUUGUGACUUCUGGUGGUUGGUGCAGGUGUGGACGUAUCGCCGUUUUCUGGACAAGGUAGCUGAGGCCAACCACAUCCCCGACCCCAUGGCGCCACUGUUCAGACCGCCUCUGUUCAACGGCAGGGACUAUGCCACAGCAAACGGGGUACCUACCGUACACAAAUCGAUCAAAUCAAUACACUCCCGUCGUGUCUCAUCGUCUCAUCUAUCUAUUUGACUUGCUUGAACCCUUCCCUCAUUCAGUCGACCUUGUUCAAGCUCCGCAAGCCGUCAUCCACGGACCACAUGGCAGCCUACUACCAGAGGGUCGCUCCCCGCCUGGUCGCCUCAUCCACCGUCUCCAACCUCACCGACCUCACACGGAUCGCACGGGCCGCCACCAGCCCCCCAGGGGCGCACCACACCUACGUCAUGUACCGUACCACCACACCGGACACCAACGCCACAACCACCUGCAGCAACAAUACUGGAGCUGCAGGCGUGAUGGCCCCUCUGAAGCUGCCCAAAUCGGCCACUGCUGCCAAGCACGCUGCUGCCGCGAGCAAGCCCGCGACCACCAGGCCACCGAAGGACGCGAAGCAUGACAAGAGGAAGGAGGUAGACACGAGGAUAAGGCGGUCCAACUCCACUGCCGCAGUGAUGGCCAGCCCGCUCAACAAAAGCACCACCAGACGGCGGCAUCAUGACGCAAUGAAUCAGAAGAGGAAGGAGGCUGCACCGGAGGGCGAGACGGACAACGACAAGAAGGAGGAGGAGGCAUCAGCGGAAGACAAGGCUGCCGAGAGGAUCGUGUACGGCACUGCUGCUGAAGAGCCGCACAAACCUGACGCAGAGAAACCCAUGGACGAGACACCGCAGCAGCGGCAGCAGCAGCAGCAGCAGGAGUUCACGGAACAGCCGACGAAGGACGAUAGUAGAGCCGAGCUGGCAGAGACACAGGACAGAGCCAGCCCUACUGACAAAGUGAAGAGCCCCAGACCGCCCCCUCCUGCUGCUGCGUCCCCGCGCCACAGCCCACACCUCGGCAGGAAGAAAGUCAAUCGUGGCGCUAGUGGCACCCAUCCCCAUCCCCACCCCCCCCCUCGCUCACCCAACCAACAACCAGCCAAACAGUUCGCCUCCCGGCUGACCCGGCGGGCCACCACAGGCAGCCUCAACACCAAGACCACCAAAGUCAAAAGAAGAAAGAAGGCUGACGCGCCCAAGCGAAAGAGGAGCUCGGCCGAUAACAAUGUGGGUGUGCACAAGGCCAAGAGAGUGGUGCGCAAGCGGAAGGGCACGGCAGACAGGCGGGGGAGGGACGGGGGAGAGGGAGAAGCGGAGGGGGAGGCGGAUGACUUCGUGGGGGUUGAUGAGGGUGAGGGUGAGGGCGAGGGUGAGAGUGUGUGUUCUGCGGUGUACACUGGCCCCGACGCUGCCUCGUGGCAGCUGCCGAUGGACAUGCCCCUGCCGCUGGCAAAGACCUCGGCAGAGUGAAUGAAUGAAUGGGUCUCGUGUGCUGUGCUGUUUUGCGUGGCUGUGCAUGUGUGUGGUGUGAUUGAUUGAGGGAGAGGGCUCUGUGUGUG